AUGUUAAUAAACAUUAUUAAAUGCGAUAAAUAUUAUGUGAAAGAGUGUCAAAACAGUUGGUCAAACUAUAGGGGCUUGAAAUGUGUUAAACUAGUAGCCGAUCGUAACUAUACCUAUACGGAGGCCCGGGAUGUAUGCCAGUCGCUAAACUCGACCCUACUGUCAAUCGAUUCGGAAACCCAGAACCUGUACGUUACGUCACUGUUAGGCCAAUUGAGCCCAAACACUGACCAUCACUACACAAACGGUCUGUACAUAGGACUGCACCGACAGCUGAGAAACGGUAGUUCUGUACACGAGUUUGAAUGGACAGAUGAUAAGGAUCAGCCACUGGUCUAUACUAACUGGGCUAAGGGUGAGCCCAGUGAUUGGUUGGAGCCGUUAGAGCCGUGUGUCGAGAUGUAUUCAGUUAAGGUCAGUGCCGGCAAAUGGAAUGACAUACAGUGCACAGGUAGACGAUAUGCUAUAUGUCAACAGUGGUUGUUGUUAAGUAAUGACACUACAAGUCAAGCCAUAGACAACUACUAUACCGGUGCCAGCUUUCAACUGUGCGAACACUUGGAUUAUGUACGCUAUCGUAACAAUUGCUAUAAAGCCUACGAUGAUGAGCACCGACAGCCUGGACUGGACUGGACGGCAGCCAAUCAACAGUGUAAGGCUGACCAUAAAAACGGUAGUCUAUUGUGGUUUGAGGAUAGCUAUGAGUAUGCGUUUGUCAAAUACUGGACUCAAUUGCAGAUGAAAUCAAUCGAGUUUUGGAUCGGACUGUCAGCUAAUAAUAAUACCGACAGUGUUCCGUACGAAUGGAUCAACGAUUAUCCGCCGUAUGUCCGCCGAUGGGCACCAAAUGAACCCCAAUAUCAGUCACACGUUCACCGACAGUGUGUACUACAGAACCGGCUAACUGGGCUCUGGCGCAGUGAUGCCUACUGUGACGAUCGUCGGGCAUUUGUAUGCAAAGUUAGCGAACCAUUAGCCAAACAAUCAAACAAUACGAUAUAUUCGUUGGCCGUUUGUCCCGAGUUUGUCAACUCUAGCUCAGGUAGUAGUAUACCCAGCACUGACACCACCGCAGCAACUAACAGAUGGAUCAAUUUGCACCGUCAGUCGCCCUACUGUUACUGGUUUAGCGAUCAGCUAACUAUGGACUGGCCGGAAGCAUCGAAACAUUGCCGUCAACGACGGGGCGGUCGACUAGUAUCUGUCCAUUCGCGUCACGAAUCGGAACUCCUGCGACCAUUUGUCCAGCGCUACGAUCGGGAACUAUGGAUCGGUUUGACACUAUCGCCAUCGAAUCUAUCGCAAUGGGAGGACGGCCGGCUGGUAACCGGGUUCUCGAAUUGGGCACCGGGCGAACCUAACAAUCCCAAAUUGGACAGGUGUGUAGAGCUGAGAGCCCAGGAUAUGAUGUGGAACAAUGUCCAGUGCGAGUCCAAACUGUCGGCAUUUGUUUGCCAAACAGAUAAACAGUUUCCCGACGGGACAGUUGGCGUAGGCGGUCGGUGGCCAUCAUCCGGUGCCGAUCGUUGGAUACCGUUUAAUGGCUGGCGUAAUGAUCCAGAGGUUACCGACAACGAUACAGAUGACGGCCAGACAAUCGGACUGUCCGCUAGUCUAAUAUGGCUAUUGGUUAUACUGUGCGCCCUAUCCAUAGCCAGUGCCCUAUUUGUUGCCUACAAUUUCUGGUCACAAUCACUGAAAUCGUGGACCGGACAGUACUGUCAGUGUUGGAAAUGGUUUAACCGCUAUCGCCAACACUCGUACGACACGACGUCAACUGUCGGCACCGGCGGUAGUGGUCAGACCAGUGUCCGUAGUUCUGUACGGAGCGGUUCGGUACGCAAUUCAGCCGUUAUUACCGAUCGUAAUGUUUUCGAUGUUCGUAACGAAGAGUCAUAA